AUGCUGACUUCUUGUUGUGGGAAUGCAGGGGAUGGUGGCGAAUGGCUUAGCGUUUCUGAAGAACAGAAGUUGGAUCCGUUCAGCAAGUUGAUGCAACGGGUGUCGAUGUCCUAUUCCGGCAUUCCAAUCCACACCACUUGUAUUCGACAGUAUCGACGUUCUCUCGAAAUCGCCUACACCGAUGCGCAGAAGCAAUUGGCAUUUCGUCGCCUGCUCGAUGAGUUGAUUGAAGGCAAAUAG